AUGUCAACCACGACAUCGACGAAUGGAGCUGUUGAACAACGAUACGCCCGCCUUGAAAAGUUAGGAGAAGGCACCUAUGCGACAGUAUACAAGGGCAGGUGCCGACUGAGCGGCGAGAUAGUUGCACUGAAAGAAAUCCAUUUGGAUGCAGAGGAAGGCGCACCAUCGACGGCGAUACGCGAAAUCUCGCUGAUGAAAGAGCUCAAGCACCCCAACAUUAUGCGACUGAUGGAUGUAAUCCACACCGAAAACAAGCUGAUUGUUAUCUUUGAAUGUCUUGACCAAGACCUGAAAAAGUACAUGGACACGACAGCCCGACGCAUCGUACUCGACCUCACCAUCAUCAAAUCGUUCAUGUACCAACUCCUCCAAGGCAUUGCGUACUGCCACGAAAACAGAGUGUUGCACCGCGACCUGAAACCACAAAACUUGCUCAUCAACAAACGUCUCGAGCUUAAACUCGGCGAUUUCGGCUUGGCACGCGCGUUUGGGAUCCCGGUCAACACGUUCUCCAAUGAGGUGGUCACGUUAUGGUAUCGGGCACCCGACGUUUUGCUCGGUUCACGCAUGUACUCAACGUCGAUCGAUAUCUGGUCUGCAGGCUGCAUCAUGGCAGAAAUGUACACUGGCCGUCCAUUGUUCCCUGGCACUACCAAUCAGGACCAGUUGCAAAAGAUCUUUUGCAUGUUUGGAACGCCCACCGAACAGUCCUGGCCCGGUGUGUCGCAGCUGCCUGAAUACAAUCCGAACCAGGCAAUUUAUCCCGCACAACACAUCAACACGGUCCUACCGAAUGUCGAUCCUUCCGGUCGUGAUCUGUUGUCUCGCAUGCUCCAGUAUCAGCCUCAACUGCGGAUUUCCGCAAAGGAUGCAUUGAACCAUCCCUAUUUCCAAGACGUCAGGUACAUGCAUCAACCCCAGCAAUAA